CACGCACCGCCCGCGCCCGAGCCCACCGCCCAGAGAGCCCGGCCGGGCGCCGCGCAGCCGAGCCCGCGAGCGGAGCUCGCCACCAAGGAUGAAUCAGCACCCACCAAAUUUUUGAGACCGCUCACGGCUUAGAGGCAAGCUCGUCUAAAUUAAGGCCGGCUAAGGUGGCAUUGCUGGGAUUUAAUCCCCUAGCUGCCCGUGUGACCAGAGGCUGAUUUGCAAGUUUCUUCUUUCCUGGAGUCUGGAUUGUCAGGUCUCCCGGGACCUGCGACUUGACAGCAAAAGUGCAAAAUGAAGAAGAUCAGAGAUAAGCGUCAGCAGCGGAGACCUGGGGGCCUCUUGGGGGCUUUUACACACCAGGGCAGAAGAUUCUCUGACCAUCAAAGGAAAUAGCAAACUGGAGCCUUUGUUUUGGGACAGAGCCACCUACCACAGAGCAUCGGCACGGCCUGCCAGAAAGUUCUUGGAGCCUGAGCAAGGCUGGGGUACCUGGAUGUGUGCCUGAUGGUCCAGUUAGAGCGGGGAAGUUCACUGUGAAGGAAGGUGUGAAAUGUCUCAAGUGAGGUGGGCGGCUUUGGGCUUGGCUGGGUAGGCAGUGCUGGGGUUGGUCUCUGCCUUCAGAAGGGGGUUUGCGCAUCCAGGAGUCUUUGCCCAGCUCUCAAGGACACAGGGCCCUUACAGCCUUUCAAGUCCCAUCUCCCGUCCCCUUGGGCCCUCUGCUCCUCCCCACCCUGCCCCUGCUCGGUGCCUCUGCUGAGAUGGAGCGGUGAGCCUGCUGUGGACGAUGACUGCUGUGUUUGUGAAUGGAGGCGGCCUGGUGAACCCCCACUGUGCCAGAUGGGGUCGGCGGGAAAGCGAGGAGAGUGGCUGUCAGACGGAGUUGGCCAAGGAGGACGAGGAGGGAGAGCCUCGCCAGCUGACACCCUUUGAGAAGCUGACCCAGGACAUGUCCCAGGAUGAGAAGGUGGUGAGGGAGAUCACUCUGGGCAAGCGGAUCGGCUUCUAUCGCAUCCGAGGGGAGAUCGGAAGUGGGAACUUCUCCCAAGUCAAGCUGGGGAUUCACUCCCUAACCAAAGAAAAGGUGGCCAUUAAGAUCCUGGAUAAGACCAAGUUAGACCAGAAAACCCAAAGGCUACUAUCCCGCGAAAUCUCCAGCAUGGAAAAACUGCACCAUCCCAACAUCAUCCGCCUUUAUGAGGUCGUGGAGACUCUAUCCAAGCUCCACCUGGUGAUGGAGUAUGCAGGGGGAGGGGAGCUCUUUGGGAAGAUCAGCACGGAAGGGAAGUUCUCAGAAGCAGAAAGCAAGCUCAUCUUCUCCCAGAUUGUGUCUGCUGUGAAGCAUAUGCAUGAAAACCAAAUUAUUCACAGAGAUCUGAAAGCAGAAAAUGUGUUCUAUACCAAUAAUACUUGUGUGAAGGUGGGCGACUUUGGAUUCAGCACAGUCAGUAAAAAAGGUGAAAUGCUGAACACUUUCUGUGGGUCUCCACCCUACGCGGCGCCAGAACUUUUUCGAGAUGAGCACUACGUCGGCGUUUAUGUGGACAUCUGGGCCUUGGGGGUGCUUCUCUACUUCAUGGUGACUGGCACCAUGCCAUUUCGGGCAGAGACGGUGGCCAACCUGAAGAAGAGCAUCCUGGAAGGCACCUAUAGCGUGCCUCCACAUGUGUCAGAGCCCUGCCUCCGCCUCAUCCGGGGAGUCCUCCAGCCAGUACCCACGGAGAGGUACGGAAUCGACUCCAUCAUGAACAAUGAGUGGAUGCAAGGGGUGCCAUACCCCACCCCUUUGGAGCCUUUCCAGCUAGAUCCCAAACAUUUGUCAGAGACCAGCAGCCUCAAAGAAGAAGAAAAUGAGGUCAAAAGCACUUUAGAACACUUGGGCAUUACCGAAGAGCACAUUCGCAAUAACCAAGGGAGAGAUGCCCGAAGCUCCAUCACAGGGGUCUAUCGAAUUAUUCUGCAUAGAGUCCAAAAGAAAAAGGCUUUGGAAAGUGUUCCAAUAAUGAUACUACCAGACCCUAAAGACAAGGACCUCAAGAAAGGAUCCCGUGUUUAUAGAGGCAUAAGACACACAUCCAAAUUUUGUUCAAUUUUAUAAAUUGCAUUAGACUGCUGGUAAUUAACUAAGAUCGUUGUUGCUGCUUUUAAAUUUUUUUCACCAACUUGAGUGGAGACUUUUUGUAAUUUUUAAAUAAAUU